CAUUCAUCGCUCUGAACUCGAGCAGUGAGGACGUUCAGUAAUAGUGCUCAGUAAACCAAAGUGAUCCCUUCCAGUGUUUGUGCCCGACUCUAGCCCUGAAAUAAAAAACAUUUAAUAGGAAAAUCACGCAUCGGAUUUGCCUCGCAGCAUCCCAAUUAAAGAUCGGAAACGCACUGCACUUACACGCACCAUGGGCGAGGGCCGUCGGACACUCCAAUUAGUAUUCCUGGCUCUAAUUGCAGUCGCUCAAUGGCAGACAAUUGCCGCAGGGCCAGUCACCAACGAGGAGCUGCGUGGCACCAUCCAGUCGCUGAUCUACUCCUACAACCAGCUGGACAAUAAACUGGAGCGGCACGAGCAUCGCGAGCGUGCCCUCGGCGAGUUGCUGAAGAAGGCACUGCAGACACUGCAGAAAGGCCAGAAGAGCUUGGAGCCAAUCAAUGGAAUCUUUGGGCGUCUGGACGAGAGGGUCAGCCAAAUAGAGACCAUGCUCAUCACACAAGAGGAAAAGUACAACACUCAGUCGGAUAGAUUCAGCCAGGCCACGGAGCACAUGUUCAAGUGGAUGCGCGAGAACGACGAGUGUUUCAAGAGACCACCGGUCAGUUCCAAGCUGAUCGCCGCUCCGGCUCCGGCCACCGCUCCCACCAUUCCCAAGGAGUUCUUGGAGGAGCAGCAGCGCGUGAACAAACAGUUACUGGAGGAAGUCCAGAAACUAUCAGCCAGCGUGGCCUUGCUCAAGGAGAAUAGUCAGAAAGCUGCUGUCCAAACUCAGCAGAAUUUCGACACUCUCCCCAAGGGCAAGGAGUUGCUUGCUCAGAUCGAGGCCAAGCUCCAGCAGCACUCCGCAGCGGCGGCGUUAGUGACUACAGCUGCUCCGCCCAAGAACGAUGAGUUCGAGGCUCAGCUAUUGAAUAGUCUGAAAGACUUGGAAGGAAAGGUGACACAGUUAAGCGAGAGUGCUCAGCGUCCUGCUCCGCCUGUCGGUCUAAACGAGAAGGAUCGGUCCUAUAUUCAGGAGUUGAAUAACGAUACACUAAAUGCCUUGGCGCAGCUUAAGAACGAUAAUCUGGCGUCUCAAAAAUCGGCCUUGCGGGAGACCACGGAGCAACUGCAGCAGACGGAGGCCAACAUCCAGGCGGACGUCCGCCAGCUUACCAAUGACGUGGGAACUCUCAACAAAUACUUGACCGCGGCCAACGAGAGCAACAGCAAGCUGACCGAGGGAUUGGAGGCACUGGGUAAAUUCAACAACAUAAUGAUGACCAACUCGGAGGUGGUUUUGGACACACAACGGAAGGUGGAGUUUGGCACCCUGAACGUGGUGCAACGGGUGGGUAAGCUGCUCGGUGAGCAGGGGACUCAACUGACCCAACUGCUCAAGGAGCGCUUCUCCGCGUUGGAUGGCGCCAUUGUGAGUACUCAGCAGGAGGCGAACAAGAACCUUAGCGGACUCCUGGACACGGAGCUGAGUCAGGUCUGGCAUCGCAUUGAGAUCAUGGCUGGCGAAAUCAGCCAGAGCCGGGAAAUGCUGGGCGUCAUCCAGUCUGCUUCCGAUGGAUACAUCAACAGCACUUUGGCCACUAUGAUGGGACUGGGCGGCAAGGUGGAGGAAACAAAGAAGCACAUGAUCGAUAUGGACGAGAACCUCAACUACCUGCUGGGCAAGCUGUCGCUGAUGUCGAGCGAGUUUGCCAACAUCAAGAAGGGUCUCGCCGACUCUCUUGAGGAUCUGCGAAACUCCUUCCAUCUGCUACACGAGCGUAUGCCCACGGGUCCCGGGCCCCACAACAUUGACAAGAACAAGUAUCUGACCGACGUCAGUCUGCUAUCCAAGCGUCAUGUUGAGCCAGAGAGAGAGUAGGCGUGGGCAAUAGCAGGAGCAAGAGACUCCCCCGAAAUGAGCAAAAUACAAUACUUCUAACCAUAGCCUCUAAGUCUGCCCACUUACAUGUAAACCCAAAGAUCUUAAAUCCCCAAAUACCUGCCCCGAAUACAUACAUACACUUCAUUAUGAACAAUA